AUGCUCAGCUUCUUGCACCGCUCACGCAACUUACUGCUCUUUCCCAAUCACUCUUCCUUUCGUUAUCUCAGCAGCCUUCGCAAAAAACAAGUUCCUCCACCUCCUCUAAGCUCAUUUGCAGCCGUCGACGCUGAGCUGCAAACAGCACUGACAACAGCAGCAGCACAUCAGCGCCGACAGGCACGCAUUGUUGCGUUACAGCAGGAGUUAUUGGAGGUGGAUGCUCGAUGGCGCGCUGUAUGUGAGGCAUUAGAAGAGGGGAGGAAGGUAUUGGACGAGAUCGUGAAGGAAGGCGAUGAGCGUGUAGAAUGCAUAAGAAAGGCGAAGGAGGCUGCGAUUCCUUAUCCCGAAUUGCUUGCAUAUGCACAAAGCCUUAGCGCCUUUACGAGCGCGCCGCCAGGCUUGACUAUGCCCGAGCCAGGUACCGUGGGUCCUGUGCCUCUAUUCUUCCCGCCAUUCCCGAAUGAGGAGAAGAUGCGCCGUGGCAGACUGAAUGUGGAGCGUCCGCUGGGUGGGCUCGGGGAGAACCAUAGCGUGAGGGCGCCAGAGCCGUCGCCCCCACCUGUCCAGACACGCGAGCGCCCAGGUGUGAACCCUUACCGUCACGAUACGCGCCCACAGCUGGCUGUGUUCGACCUCGAUCUCGACCUCAACCCAGAUCUAUGA